AUUUUAGUUUUAAGUAUUAUCGCUCGCUUGGUUUUUAUUUAUUAGUUUUUUGUUUAAUUUAGUAAUAAUUCCAUCGAGAAGGCCAUUAAAAGUUUUUUAAUUUUUGAAUAUAAAACUCAAUGAGUGAUGGCGACUGCCGCUGACAAUCAGAACACCAGCUCGUUCCCUCCUCCACCCAUGCAAUACAUCAACAAGUACACAGACGAUAAUGUCAAAUUCGGCAGAGCCCCAAAGCCACCGCCUCCUAUAAAGGAUUCUUAUUAUUUGAUGUUCGGGGUAGAGUUCAGGGCAGACGACCAAAUCAUUCGCCCACUCGAAAGUCAGAGUUUAGUGCGUCUCCACCCGCACAACUAUGACCAUAAAAGGGAAUUGAAAAAGUUGAAUUACUCCAUCCUGGUAAAUUUUUUGGAUUUGCUUGACGUACUUGUAAAGGCCCCAGAAUCUCGACGUAGGUUAGAGAAAAUAGAUGAUCUGACGUUACUUUUCAUACACAUGCACCAUCUGAUUAAUGAAUUCAGGCCCCAUCAGGCGCGAGAGACAUUAAAAGUGAUGCUAGAAAACCAAAAAGAGCAGAGGAUUGAGAUAACCGAAAGAUUUGAAAAAAGAGCUGAACAGGUGAAAGAUUUACUGAACGCAACGAUAGCGGCCCUCCCGGACGACUCGCAACUCGACACAAAACUCCUGAUCAACAAGUCCUACCCAUCCCUACUUCCGGCAAUGCAGCCCCCGAGAGAUAAAUACACGGGCCUUGUCAACCCGUCCGGGUCUGCCAUCACCGCCACCUCCAACAACAACAACAACAAUUCGUCCAUUCUCAGCGACGAAAUCAUCAGCCUCAGUAGCGCGAGAAGCAGCUUCAACGACAGCGAUUUCGAUGACGACGACGACGACGUCAUGAAUAGGAUCGUGCACGCUAAAAAGUAUAGAAAGCCAAAGAAGAAGUUAAAGAAGAAGAUUAAAAAAGAGUACCCCAACGAUAGUUCAAACCUUAACAACAGCAACAAUACAGACUUCAGUAACACCAGUAGUAACAUGUUCUACGACGAUUUAGGCACUAUAGCUGACGACGACGACGAUGGCGAUGAUAACGCAGACUUCACUGCUGAUGACGACGCCGGGGCCAAGGAUGAAUCGGUGGACGGAGGAGCGAAAGAUGACAUGAUGCGAAAAGUUGUCGACGGUCUCAACUGAGGUGCACACGCUGAGUCGGCGCACUAACUAAUUAGUGAUUUCCCUAAUUAGUCAGUAGUUUGUUAUCAAUCAUCAUCAGUAGCUAUCACUUUUUAUCAUCGCCAAUGAAUGACUAUCAAGGUAGAAAGCAACAAAAGGGUCAUACCAUACAUUCAUACAUUCUUAUAGUAUUACAUCAUUUAAAAGGUUGAAAGGUCAAAUGAGGUCAAUUUACUUGACCUUGUAAAGUUCAUGAAAUUCAUUAUUACUAUCCAUCUACAUCAUCAUUAUUAAUUUACUUAUGUACAUCUAAUAAGAUUAUUAAUCAGUAUAUUAAUUAAUUAAUUUAAUUAAUUAAUUAAUUUAUCAACUAUAUGAAUGCACACACAUAUGUGUAAAAGCAGUGACUUCAAUUUAGAGCAAGUUAAUCCAGCUCGUGUAAUAAUCAUUUUGAUUGGAUGUUAAUAAUAUUUAUAAGCAUAAUUAUAGUUAUAAUUAUAGCGACAAGUUAUAAAAAAGGACAUUUAUUGUAAUAAUAAUCGUAAUUAUGGUAAUAAUUUCAACUAAUUAUAACAUUUUAAGAGAAUGAACAUACAGAUUAAAAUCGCAUUUUUAAAAAAAUUAAAGUUAAUAACAGAAAAUAUAUACAUUUCUUAAUUAUAUCAUAUAUAUAUAUAUUUAUUUAUAUAUACAUAUAUAUAUAUUUAUAUAUUGACAAGUUAUCAACUAAACUAAUUAAUUAAAACAAAUUAAUUACAUUCAUUGUUAUUGUUUUAAUUUUGUACAGUUUUUCCAUAAAACCAUCAUCUCCAUUAAUCUCCUUAUCGUCUGUGUCCUCUUCAUAAACCAACUAAAUUAUCAUCUCAUAAACCAUCUAAAUUAUCAUUUCAUCAUCUCAAUCACCAUCUCAUUCAUCAUUUUUAUCAUCAUCUCUGUUGUCACUAUCACACGCGGAUCAUCGUCACCACCAUCGUCGUCGUCAUCAUGGUGGUCAUCAUCCCACCCAUCACCAGUCCAAUGCCACGGUGGUUAUGGGUUCUUUUACCUUCGGUUUCAUCUGCUCCACUAAAGAAGCCAUUAGCACUGAACUCGUCUCUAUCUGUUGUUGCAAUGAAUUAUCAUAAUUUAUUAUGCAAUUAUAAAUUAUGACCGUCACAUAUAGGUAUGUCCUGACGUCCUACCUCGGGGAACCGGGUCUCUGGACGCAAAACGAAGAUUGAUUGAUUGUGUGUGUAUCACAAUAAAAAACACAUGUUGAAGUUUCUGGAGAGGCUAAAGAAUAUAAAAUUCUGUAAGGCCGUGUCUCAUUUCAUUUUGUUUUUCGUAAAGUUUUUUUUAUAUUGAUUUGUGAAAUAUGCCGUAUUACGUUCAAAAAG